UUGGUGCAUUCAUUGACAGUGUUUUAAGCCAAUUCUGACACUAACAUGCAUGAAAUAAAGUGGCGCGAUUCUGGUUUCAAGCAAUUCAAGUUCAUGGUUCCAACAGUUUCAAGUCACAAGCGCUCCAACAGUGAUCCAAUGGGAAGGAGAAACAUGGAAGAUAACAUCAGUGAAGCUUCUUAUCAGCCUAAAAUAGAACUGGGGGAACUAAAGCAAAGCAUUGAGUCCAAGAAGAGGCAGUACCAUAAUAUGGAUCUUCAAAGUUCUUUGACUCGAGAGGUACAAAUCUUGACUGAUUAUUUAGUUAUCACUAUACAGAUUCUACAACUUCAAAAACGAUUACAGCAACAAUUAGUGAUACGGCGUGCAUUAGAGAAAGCAUGUUAUCUUCCGUUUUCACAGGAUGGUACAACAGAAAAUUUAAUACCCAAGGCUGCAAAGGAACUGAUUAAGGAAAUUGGGAUAUUAGAAUUAGAAGUCAUGUAUUUGGAACAAUAUCUACUCUCUUUGUAUCGGAGAAGAUUUGAUCAACAAAUUUCAUCUUUAUCAACCAAGGAAAGAAGGUUGGAAUUAGCUUCAGAUACUAACACAAGAACUUCUGCAGUAUCUGGCAAUGGUGCUAUCUCUGACAAAGAAAUUUCAGCACUGCACUCUGGUCAUCUCAUUCCACCCAGUAAUUCAGCUGGCUUUCAGCUCAAGGAAUGCAAUAACCAGUUGGGACCAGAAACUGUUUUAGAGUCUAGUAUUCAUCGAUGUUACUCUGCACUAUCUCAGCGAACAGCUUGCUCAAUUGAAGCUUCUCCUGUGGACAUCAAGACCAAAGCAGUAGAUUCUUACCAUUCUCUACCAUUAUCCAUGCUAGAGCAAGCUCAGUGUGCUAAAGCUAGUUCAACAAGCCUGGCAGAUCAUCUUGGGAAUUGCUGUGUUGAUAAUGUUCCAGAGACACCAAAUUGGCUUUCCGAGGAGAUGAUUAAGUGCAUAUCAGCUAUAUAUAGUGAACUUGCAGAGCAACCUUUUCUUGGUCAUAAAAAUGCUUCAUCACCUGUUCCAUUCUCAUCAUCUGGUAAUGAGUUAUCAUCACAGAGCCAGGGUAGUAAGUGGGGAUCGCAGUGGAAGAAGCAUUCAUCCUUCAAUUUAAACUCCAGUAACCCUUUCCAUGUCAAAGGGUCAAAAGAAUUUGGUGGACCUUAUUGCUCAAUGCUAAGGAUUCAGCAAUUAUGCAGAGAUAAUCAGAAAUUAAAAGAAAUAGAGUACAUGCUACGGAGAUUUAGGUCACUUACUUCUCGGCUGGAAGAUGUUAAUCCUAGAAAAAUGAAGCACGAAGAAAAGCUAGCCUUUUGGAUUAAUGUGCACAAUGCCUUAGCAAUGCAUGCCUUAUUAGUUUUCGGAAUUUCAGCCAACAAUGUUAAAAGAAUGUCUUCGGUGCUUAAGGCUGCAUAUAACAUUGGGGGCCAUACUAUAAGCGUGGACUUGAUACAGAACUUCAUUCUGGGAUGCAGAAUGCCUCGUCCAGGACAAUGGCUGCGGCUGUGGUUUCCUUCAAAGACAAAAUCAAAGGUUAGAGAUGCAAGAAAAGGAUAUGCUAUACAUCGUUCAGAACCUUUAUUACUAUUUGCUCUUUGCUCAGGAAGCCAUUCUGAUCCUGCGGUACGUUUAUAUACAUCCAAGAGAGUAUCAGAGGAGCUAGAAUCUGCAAAAGAAGAAUACAUGCAGUCCACUGUCACUAUAACCAAGGAACAGAAAAUAGUUCUCCCGAAGAUAGUUGAUUCCUUCGCAAAAAAUUUAGGUCUAGGAGCAUCUGAUUUGAUGGAGAUGGUUGAGCCUUAUCUACCUGACUCUCAAAGGAAGAGCAUUCCGGAGUUUCAAUCAAAGACAAGCUGGAAAGGCAUUGAAUUAACCCCUCAUAACUUCACAUUCAAUUACCUUCUUUCAAAGGAAUUAACUUGGUAA